AGCGCCACCCUUCUGCUGAAGGUUGGCAUCGUCGCUGGGCUCAGCGUAUAGGGCUAGGCUAAGCUAGGCUACGGCGAUAGCUCUUGAAAGAAGAGCAACACGCUAAGCUGGGCUUAGCUACCAAAGGACGAGAGAGGGGGGUUGCGAGAGAGGAGAGAGAGAGUGUGUGUGUGUGUGCAAGUGACGCCAGAGCGAGCAGACGCCAAGGGCCUUUGCACGACCUACAGGGGAAGGGGGAGGUGGCGCUCUUGCUCGCUCGACACGCACUCUCCUCUCGGCCUCGGUGUAUUCCUUCGCAGCCGACGACAUGACGACGAGAAGUACGCGCAGCACGCAGAGUGCUCGCGAGCGCAUGACUGAUGGCGAUGUAUACGUCUUUCUUCUUCAAGUAGCCACUCUCUCGUGGGUGAUGCAGAACCGGCCAGACAAGCAGAGAGACACGCAGCAGUCAUUAGGGAGAAAAGGAGGCGGCGAUGCGGCAGCGGCGGCGUCGGCAGCGACAUCGUCAUCGGCAGCAGCGUCGACUGGCGCGGGAGCAGGGGUAACAGGAGCAGGAGCAAGUACAGCAGCGGGAACGGGUGGUGCAGGGUCCACGGCAGGAGCAGCUUCGUCGGCCGCCUCGAGAUCAGAUUGGCUGAGCCUUGGUGGACUGGCAGACAUGGUUCGCGAUGUUUCUGGCUCGUCAAAGGCCGCCCGCUUUCCCGAAAAGCUCCUCAAGAGACUAUCAGAGCGACUGGAGCAGAUUGCCAUGGGUCGUGAUGCCCAUUAUCGGGACCAGUCGCUCCGUCAGACAGUCGGCAUCUUUUACGGCACCUUCAAGGAGGCCUCGUUCCAGAAGCAGAUGAAGGAGAAUCGCAAGGUGGAAGAGCUGAUUCUCGUCUUUGUCACCUCAGCCCAAGGGGCAUUGCGGAAACGGAUGGAGGGCGACGCUUGGAAAGAGGAGCUCAACAAGCAAGUGGCUACCUUUGUCAAGAUCAUUCGCGAAUGUCUAAGGACCAUGCACGGCGUCUCGAGGGAGCUCACCGAUCGGCUGGAUGGCUACUCGCAGAAGCUGGCUCCACCUUCCAUUGGCCUCGAUCAGCAACAACAACAACAGCAGCAGCAACAGCAACAACAGCAGCAGACCAGCUCUUCCAAUGGGAGCUCGGCUGCGACCGCCGUCGCAGACGAAAGGAGGGGUAGCGGCGCGAGCUCGAGCACGGCCUUUGCUAUGAGCAUCAGCGCUGCAACUCCUGCCGAGUCGGCAAUGGUAAGGACUGUGGGCGCACUGUUCCACAUCGAACCAGAGCAGCUAGCCAAGGACGCGGAGUUUAUGAGAAAGACGUGCACCGAACAGAAUGCAAUGAUCGACUUGAAACACUGCGUCAAGAACAUCAAUCUUCAAGCCGCAUGGCCGGGGAGGCGAGAAGACUUUCAAAACGACGAGGGCUACCAGCACUGGCGGACGGCCGAGCUGCAGGCCCUGUCGCAGAUCAUGAUGCAAAUGUGCAAGGCAAAUCCAGAGCUGCUCAAGACGUCUCCUUCGGACACGACCAGUGGGCCACCUGUAGCGCCAAGUGAGGUAAAGGCAGCGACAGAGGCGGGAGAAGACGCUCCCGAAGCCGAGAAGCUGGCCGAGUCGAUGCAAGAGGCCGACGAGGAGGCUGUCACAUUCGGCGGCUUCACCUUUAUACCCCCGGAUCCUCGCGCAUACUACCGCCGGGCAUUGGAAUUGUGCAUCGACUACGAUCUCGAGCAGAUCCGCUACCAACCCGAAGACGAAGAAGUGUCGCUGAGCAUCCUGUCUAGGUCGCACGUUGAGCUGAUGGCCGAGUGCGCGCUGCGAUGGCGCAUCAUGGGGCCUUACCGCGCCAUGGCGAACCUCGACGUAAUCAAGUACAAGUACGAUCGCGGUGAGGUGCCCCUCGACUGCAUCUCUGAAGCGCUCUCCUCGGCGAACCGCGUUAUUCAGGACAGUGGCAGCCUCGACUGGUGGACUCUGUCCGAUCGCAAACUCCUCGUACUGAGCUACACUGCCCUGUUCGACUCGUUUAUGCGCUUCAUCCACGAUGCCUUCCAGGACAUUCUCAACGUCGACGCAGACGAGAUUCAACCUUACAUUGGUCUCGUUGAGGAGCUCAGCGUCUCUGGUCUGGUCAAGGAUGAGGGUAGGCUCGACGGCGAGGAUGUUGACCUGCAGCGGUAUGCGGAGGAUUUGAAGGACCGGAUACGAAUCAUGGCCAUUCAUGAAUAUACGGCGAAAACGACAGACCUUUUCUCACAACAGGUCGACAACGAGGUGGUGCCCCUAGUGGAGCUGCUCGACUGGAUCGAAAAGGGGGCCAAGCGGCUCGACAAGCGGUACAAGGAGCCUAUCUUCGAAGCAAUUGACCCCGUCUCGCUGCUUCUCGAGAAGCAGGUCCGCCUCUUCUUCGACGACCUAGAAUCGAUGAAGCACCAGAUUGUCGAGCAUGCGACAAGGGAGCGCGACCCGUUGGCAUUCGAUGACAUCUUUGCCCUCUACAAGCGCGUAGGCGCCCUGCUUCGCAUGCACCACGCCUUUUGUCCAGAUGCUGAGGUGCUCUUUGACAUUUCCGACUGGUUCGAGCCUCACAUCCGCCAUUGGCUGAUCAAUACGGAGAAGAAGACGACGGAGUGGGUCAACAAUGCCAUUGCCUCGGACUCGUUUGUGCCCAUCGAUAGCGAGGGUGCGGUGCACUCCUCUUCGAUUGACGAUCUCUUUGGGGCUCUGCAGCAGCCUCUCGACUUCAUCUUGUCGCUCCAAUGGCCGGACCCAUACCGUAAUGCACGCUUUCUGACAAGCCUGGCCAAGACAAUCAGCCGAUCAAUCGAGCAGUACUGCCACCGCGUCGAGGAGCUCUUCAUGGAGGAGCUGUUUCCACGUACGGCAGAGGGCCAGGAUGCCAACCAGAAGCAGAGCGCGUGGAUGGUCAAAGCAAAACAAACGCUUCAGGGCGAGAAGAAAGUCGAGCCGUUCCAUUUUCAGGCCUCGUCCUGCGUCAAGCUCAACAAUAUCGAGGCAGCUAGGCUGCUUCUCGACAAAUUGUACAACAAGAUGGACGCCGAUGAGCAGGCUCGCAUCAUCAAGACGACAGCCCCCUCCGUGCCGGACAAGGAGCAGAGGCAGAGGUAUAUCUUUACCGUCAAGGUCGUCCUCGGUGAGAACCUGCAGCCGGUCAAGGAAACAUCUGCAAAUGCACGCAUCGACUCGUUCAUUACUCUGAGCGACGAGCGAGGGUUCAAGAUUGCCAAGACGAGGACCAUCUACGAGACUUCGGACCCGAGAUGGGACGAAACAUUUGACAUCCCGGUGGAGUCGCAGAUGUGGCUCGCCGCGACGGUGUGGGACCGCAAGCUGGUGGGCGACCACAAUCUCUGCGGGAGAGCAUAUCUGCGCUUGGACCCCAGAUACUUUGGCGAUUUUCUCGCCCACGAGCUCUGGCUCGAUCUCGACACGCAGGGACGCCUGCUGCUUCGUGUCAGCAUGGAAGGCGAAAAGGAUGACAUCCUCUUUUACUUCGGAAAGGCCUUUCGAUCUCUCAAGAGGGCAGAGAGCGACAUGGUGCGCAUCAUUGUCGACAAGAUGUCCAUCUUCAUCCGCCAGUGCCUUUCUCGAUCCGUGCUCAAGUCGCUGGUCCGCACGAGCGGGAUCAACCUGGACAAGGCGCUGGGAAAUGUCAAGGCGCUCUAUGCACAAGCACUGGCGCACACAAGCGCCAAUGCCUCUGUCAUCCCGCCCGUCGAUGCUGAGGCGCCUAAGAAGCAGAGGCCGCAGCAGCUGACCGACCAGGAAAUCGAAGAGGCCAUUCUUCCCCUUCUCGACUACCUCGACGAGACGCUGGGCACGCUCAAGGGCAGCUUGAGCGAGAGCGAGGCUCUUUUGGUGCUGACAAAGGUUUGGAAGGAGGUCCUCAACACCAUUGAUUGUAUCCUCCUGCCACCCCUGUCCGACUCGCCGUCUGAUAUGCCGCAGCUCUCUGGCAAGGAAGUCGAGGUGGUUUUCAAGUGGCUUUCGAUGCUCCGAAACUACUUCAACGCGUACGACGAAGAGACGGGCGUGGCGCACGGCGUGCCCCUCGAAGUCUUGCAGGGACCCAAGUAUCGCGAGAUUGUCUCGUAUACGCUGCACCACGACGCAAACACCGACGAUCUGAUGGAAGCUUGUGUGCGAGAGAUGCAGAUGCGUUUGCGCCGGGCUCCGUCGAAGCGGACAAAGACAAAGAGCGUGCUGCAGCAGCGAUCGUUGGGGACAAUCAAGAAGCGCAAAGCCGACAAGCGCAACGACGAGCAGCAGGCAGCGGGCAACGAUGACAAUCUCGACGUGGUCCUGCGCCUGCUGCGCAUGAGGUCGGGUACGUCGGACUUUCUGCAGCAGCAGUUUGCCACGAUGGGCAGCUUGCAGGCCGCCAUGGGCAGGGGCGACACGGCGCAAGUCACGCCGCCACGGGCGCAACAGAGGAGAAUGUCGCUGAAGUAUCGGCAGGAUCAGCAACAGCGUCUGCAGAUGUCAGCCUCGCAGCAGUCGCCGCAGCAGCAGCAACAACACCAGCAGUCGCCAUCAGCAAGACCGAAUCUCGGGACGCGAAUGUCUAGAAUUGCAGCAAAUGCCGCUCUCAACUCGUCUUCUCCCUCUUCAGGUGCAUACGGAGCGCAGCAACCGCCGCCAUCUCCAGGGUCUGCGAGAGAUUCGAGACAGUACUACCGAUGACCACCCUCCCCCUUCUUGCUCCCGCCCUGUCCUUUGCAUCUUCUCCAUUGCCGCAUCUCAAUCGUCCUUUUUCCUUUCUGUCCUUGGUCGUGGCGAUACCCCCACUCCACUCUUCUCCCACUUCAGUCUCGUC